UUCCUUAUGAUAAAUUUCGAUUGAACCAUGAUGAUCAUUUGUUCAAUAUUUUCCUCGUCUCUAAUCAAAAUAAAAUAUUAUUAUUUGAAGACUAAAAUAAUAUAGCCAUAACAAUGAUUUAAAAAUAUGACAUCGGUUUGUUGAUUCUUAUAAAACUCUGGUGUGUAUUAAAAAGAGAAGGAAAAACUUAUGUCAUUUUUAUAAAAAAUAUUGAAACAUCAUGUACUAUUAUUCUAGCCUUUUUUUUCUAAACUUGAACUAAUAUUAACCAUCGAGAUUACGCGAUCAUUGUUCUUACAAGAGAUUUUGACCACAAUUACAUAGUUUGAAUUGAUAUAAUAUACACAUAACAUUGAGAACUACUUACACUACCUUAACGAUCUACUCGAAAGAAAGGCAUUCUAUUAGCCUGUUUGUUGAUAGAAAAAUCAUAAACAUUAUCGUAAGCUUCAAUAUUUGAUGAUCUAUAAUUAUGCUAAACACUGUAAGCUAUUGACAAACAUUUCUCAUUACGAAUCGAUUUUUAUGACAUAAAUAUUUUGGUAAGCAUAAAAUCACAAUCCAACUUUAAAUACGAACCACAAAAGUAAUCAACACCCCAAGUCCACACCAAUUUUCAAAGAAUAAAAAAGGCCAUAUGUCGUAUUUGCUGACAUGGCAAACGUGGGACAUGUCAGCGAACUCUAUUAGAUAUAUAUUUUUCGAAUUUUGCUAGCUUCGUGACCGUUGGAUCAAUAUUAGUUACUCGCACUAGUCUAAUCUCAGCCGUUGGAAUCAUUCGCUAGAUUUUUUUCAAGAUAUUUUUCUUCUUCUUUUUGAAAGAGAAUAAGAUUUUUUUCCACUCUUUAUGUUUCUUUCCACUCUCAAUAUUUGUUUAAUUUAUUUGCUAACUUCUUCUUCUUCUUCUAGAGCUUCAAGGUUUCAAGAUGCAAGAAAUGAGCGACGAAGUUGUUGAGGUAACGGUGGUUGAUAAAGCAUCUGAAGCUGACGGAGGAAAGCCAACGCGGCGGAGGAUGCGGAGGAAGGACGCCGCAGAGGGCGGCGAUGGUUUGAUGAAGUGGGAGAGGUUUCUUCCGAAAAUCUCGCUAAGAGUUUUGCUCGUGGAAGCAGACGAUUCUACCAGACAGAUUAUCUCUGCUCUCCUCAGGAAAUGCAGUUACAGAGUUGCUGCUGUAGCUGAUGGCUUAAAAGCUUGGGAGAUGCUAAAAGGAAAUCCCCAAAGCGUUGAUCUGAUAUUGACAGAGGUUGAUCUACCUUCAAUCUCUGGAUACGCUCUUCUAACACUCAUCAUGGAGCAUGAUAUCUGCAAGAACAUCCCUCUCAUAAUGAUGUCGACGCAGGACUCGGUGAAUACCGUGUAUAAGUGUAUGUUGAAAGGCGCGUCUGACUAUCUUGUUAAGCCCUUGAGGAGGAACGAGCUAAGGAAUCUCUGGCAACAUGUCUGGAGAAGAAGACAAAAUGCUCCUGGUAGCUUUCCACUAGAUGAGAGUGUUGGUCAUGAGAAGCCUGACGGUGCGUCUGCAAACAAUUCGACUAGUAACCAGGAGAAUGCAUUUGAGAGAGACCAACGUCCUGUAAUAGGGAAUGGUGGUGAUGACCAGAGCUCAUGUUCUAGACCAGAGAUGCAAGGAGAGAGCGCAGACGUGGAGGACUCAACUAAAGAAGCCAUUGACUUCAUGGGCGCGUCGUUUAGAAGAAACACACAACGCAACAGAGAAGAAAGUGUUGCUAGAUACGAAUCUCUGAUAGAGCUUGAUCUUUCUUUGAGAAGACCUAACACUUGUGAGAACCAAUCUUCAGGAGAAAAGCCCUCUCUUCAUCCUUCUAGUGCCUCUGCCUUCACACGGUACGUUCACAGGCCACAAUAUUCGGCGUCUCCUUUGGUUUUGGAUCAAAGAAAGAAUGUUGCAGCAAGUGAAGAUGAUAACAUCAACCAAUACAAUUCAUCUGAACCACCUCCAAAUGCUCCGAGAAGAAACGAGGUCAGCUUUAACAAUAGAGCUGACUCAUCUCAGAUGAAUUCUUGGCCAGGACAGGGUUCUUACCCAACACCAGUUCCCAUCAACAGCAUACAGUUCAACACAGCUGCUAUGGCUCCUGCUUCACUGUCUCCAAGCCCGAGCUCCGUUAGCCCGCAUGAGUACAGCUCCAUGUUUCACCCUUUCAACGGUUCCAUGGAUGCAGAGGAGAGAAGACACAUCUCUUCUACAACCGAACAUAGUGCAAUAGACAAUCACUGCAGUGCUAACUCAUCGUCUGUGGGGAGAACUCAACAGUCUCUUCAACGGGAAGCUGCCUUAAACAAGUUCCGGAUGAAACGCAAGGACAGAUGUUUUGACAAAAAGGUCCGUUAUGAGAGCCGGAAGAAACUGGCUGAGCAACGUCCGCGUAUCAAAGGGCAGUUCGUUCGUCAAGUUCAAUCCACUGAGACAUCAACACAAGAAGCUCCACAAUGAUCCAAACAUAUUGAUGUAAUAUAGAGAGCUCAAUUUUGUUUUCACCGAUACAAGAGGUGUUUCUUGAGCUAACUCCCCACGUACGUAGUCGUGUGUACAUACAGCUUUGUUGUUGAGUUUAGUAGUUAAUCUACUCUUACGUUAUCUCCUUA